CUUCCGGGUGUAGCUUAGCAUUAAUACGCGGAAGUUAGCAACGCAUGGCGACGCUCAGGGCUCCAGUGUGAGUGCGUGAAAAUGAGUGUAGCUCAAAUGUUGAGAAUGUUGGUGAAUCAGCGACUAACGGCGGCCGUUGAAGAAAUAUUUGUAGUGUUCGAAAGAACGAUAGCAGACUACGAGGAGGAACUUUGUCGAACAAAAGAGGAGCUCGAGCGACAACGACAAUUACUGAACGCUGUUUUUCAUCCGCCUCAAGUUGUGUUACAAAGAGCAGACGUCAAUGAAGAACAUCUUCAGCACAAGGAGCCUGAGCCCCCCCACAUUAAAAAGGAAGAGGAGCAGCCAGAAGCCCCGCACAUUAAAGAGGAAGAGGAGGAUCACAGAAUCAGUCAGGAUGGAGAGCAUCUUGGAGGACUGGUGGAGUUUCCAGUGAUUGGUGUCUCUGUGAAGAGGGAAGAUGAAGACGAAGGUGAGGAGAAGAGAGAGGCGCAGCCUCCAAGUCGCAGCUCAACUGAGCGCAUAAUAGACCCUGAUGGAGACCUCUGUGGAGGAUCACCAGCAGACAACAUCUCGGCUUUACUAUCCGAUAGUGACGAGGCAACGUCGCACUCUCCUGACACGGAUGACGAAGACUUUAAAGCUGAUCAGACGUGUCCUACCGACCACGCACACUUGAAAUGCUCUCCGUGUGAUCAAACUUUUGAGCACAUGAGAACACUCGCUGGAGAGAAACCAUACGUCUGCUCAGUAUGCGGUAAAAGAUUCUUUGAGAAGGUAGAAUUGACAAUCCACACAAGAACACACAAUAGCGAAAAGCAUUUCACCUGUUCUGUAUGUGGAAUAGGUUUCGGACGAAAUUCUGAUUUGAUAAAACACAUGAGAAUACACACUGGAGAAAAACCAUAUUCAUGUUCAAGCUGCAGCAAAAGCUUUCGUAUCCGAAAAAGCCUUGUACAACACAUGCGAGUCCACACUGGAGAAAAACCAUAUUCAUGUUUAAGCUGCAACAAAAGCUUUCCUGACCGAGCAAACCUCAAAAGACACAUGAUAAUACACACUGGAGAAAAACCAUAUUCAUGUUCGAGCUGCAGCAGAGGCUUUUGUAAACGAACAAACCUCAUACAACACAUGAGAAUACACACUGGGGAGAAACCAUUUUCCUGUUCAGUGUGUGGUGCAGGUUUUGGACAAAAUAGUCAUUUGAAACAACACAUGCGAAGACAUACCGGGGAGAAACCAUUUUCCUGUUCAUUGUGUGGUACAGGUUUUGGACAAAAUAGUAGCUUAACGAAACAUAUGAGAAUACACACUGGAGAAAAACCAUAUUCCUGCUCAAUCUGCUCAAAUAGCUUUUCGCAACGAAAACCACUUUUAGUACACAUGAGAACUCACACAUGAGAAAGCGUUGAGUUCAAGUAAAGCUGGUUAGAACAACAGCAGUAAAUGAAGCUCUAGGAUUUAAAAUAAAUCGGCAAGAUUUUGAUAACUUUGAAUAUCGAACUAGCACCACACAUAACGUGUGUGACAUCAUUGUGUGUGUGUGUGUGUGUGUGUGUGUGUGUGUGUGUGCGUGUGUGUAACCAGGGAACUUUCCAAACAUUUGCUGCCUUGAGAACUCUUCUAACUUCCCCCCUAUGUGACACACCUGUGUAUAGCACAGCCUUUUUAAUGUAUUGGUACCAUUUAAAUGCAAUAAAGUUGUUUUUAAAAAGCUGUGAGUGGCAGUCUAGCCUAUAGAAGCUGCUGUUCAAGAUAAAACAUUAGAAUUGUUUUAUUUUGAUUAAGUAAUGGCCAGUUUAAAAGAAUAAACCAAGUUUAU